AAUGUCAAAUCUUUUCAGACAAGUAAAUACCUUUGAUGGACUGGAAAAUUGCUCGUAAAUAACGUUAAAUUCACUGAAAACCACCAAUUGUGUGUGUGAUACGAUGAGUGCACCUCUAGAGUCAUAUAAUUAUUGUCAAAUGCAACUCAUCCAUAUUAUGGUCCGUCUGGCAGUAUUUACAGUGAGCAUCAGCUGAGCUCACAGGAUGCGGGCUUCAGGCCACCAAGACGAGCUCCGCGAAGCUUUGUCAUCAGCAAGAACGGAACCAAGACAACGGUUCAAGGACUUCGAUCACAUCUCAGAAACCGGUAGGAGGGGGGCGACCAAUACUAACAGUGGGGCAGCUUCUGCGACUUCUUUAACGGAAGACCGAAAUGUAAACUAUUUUGGGACGUGUAGGAGAGAGAGAUAUGAACGAAAACAGAAAAUCAAACAAAGAAAUUCGUCCUCGAAGGCGAUUUCAACCCCAAAAGACUUCAGUGAUUUGUGCUCUCCAACUCUCGUAGGGGGUCCUGGAAGAAAGGAAGGUGUUGUCCUAAUCCCAGAGCCUGGCCGAGAAGAGUUUGACAAUCUUAAGCCUCUCACCACUUGGAAAAGUGUGCAGGUUAAUCUGAAUGAUGAAUUAAAGUUUUCACAAAAAAGUAAAGGUAAACACCAACAGGGACGAAAGUUGACGUCAUGGGGCAGCUGCUCGGCCCUGCAAGUGAGCAGGAGCGAUUGUGGAAAGAAUGUGCCUACACGUAUAAAAACAAAACCAUGGUCUCCUCGAUCUGAAAUACGAAAGUCAGUGAGUUUUGAGCUCCCGCAGGUCAGUGAAGUAAUGAGGUAUCCUCCAGAGCACACAAAGUCUCACAAAAAAUGUCAAAAAUCAAAUGACGUUGUGAAUAUCAAGUCCUUCAAAAAAUCAUUGACAAAAGGGCUGAGUAAAAAUCUUCAAAGCCCUACAAAACCAAAUAAUGAAGACCCAAAGACAGCAGAGGUCAGCAAAUCCCACCGCUCAUCACCUCUUCCAUUUUUACGAAGAAAAAAAUCUGGCAGUGGAUCCUCUUACAAGAAAGGAGCAUCUGAUACCGCAUCUACAACUUCACUUCCUUUCCUAAGGAAGAAAAAAUUUGAUUUUGACACUGCAUCGUCUACUAAAUCAGGAGGAAGCCAUCUCUCUGAACAUUUAGGAAAACUAGGCAAUCUUAAAGUUAACCUUCACAUGCGUCGCAGUAAUAAAAUUGACGAGCCAAUGUUAACAGGUUUCACGAAAGACGACAGUGAGUUCCCUCAACCUAAGCUCUGCACGGUGGACGGCGACUCUCAUUCCAUCGCCAGUUUUACUAGCAUCGAGUCUUCAGCCUCUAGAACUAACAAAAUUCGACACACUAAGUUUACCAAAAGACGUUAUUACAAUAUGUCUGAUUCUACUUCAGAAGACUUCAGAAUACGUUCCUCUUCAACGAGCAAAUCCACAGGACCCAUGAAAGCCUUUAAGACUAUGUUGGGAAAACAGUCUAGGAGCGUAAUGGAUUUAAGCGCCUUGGAAAAAGCUAGUGCAAGUGGUCUCUCGAGGAGCUAUGACGACAUACUCAAGGAGAAUAACUUCCCAACGCAGGAAGAGUUCAUGGUGGACUCUAGAAUGCAAUCUCUGAGCCAUGAUGGCAUCGAACCAGGUGACUUUGACGAUGACAUAGACUAUUAUCGGGGUUUGUGCAGACGCCGCAAGAGCUCCUUUGUAGACGAUGAGGGCAUUAGCAUAACACUGAAAACCUCCACUUCCAUAGGCAGCUCUGCAUCGCGGGAAUCAAAAUCAAAAGCCUCAGACAACAAUGCCAAUGAACACGAGAAUAUUAAAAAAAAAAUUGCGAGCAGUGGUGCAAUUAACAUAGGUGAAGACAAUAGUACCAAGCUUGAUAUGGACUCUUCCUCGUCCCAAAUGCAUAGCAAAAUAAAUAUAAAGCGUUCAGUUCACGACAUAAUUUUAAAAUACGAGUCGAUGGAGCAAAUUAAUGGAGACAGUUCAUCAGUAUCAAAUAUCAGGCAGCCACACACUCAAAAACCAAAUCAGCUCAUGAAAUCCCACAGCAGCGAGCACACAUUUGCGUCGACACCCGAGAAUAGCCUGAAGUGCGACAAGGGACAUUUCUCGGCUGAAGAUACUUCAUAUUAUGAGAGAGCUUCAGUUGACAAGAGUGACAUUGAGGGUACAGGCUGUACACCGUCCUUACCAUGGGUUAAAGACUGCAAGCCCAAAAGGGAGAAACAGCCUCUGGCGGCUCCCAGACCCUCUCUUAUGAUUUCAUCUAUAAAGUCAAGUGUUGUAAAUAAGAAACAGGACGAUGCUAGAUUUGAGAACGAGAAAUAUUUUAAGGAAGGAAUCUUAGAUGAAUGCAUUGCAAAUUGUGACAGACUGAAAGAUAACAAAGCAAUAGAGGAAUUACACGGGCAAAAUAUACAAGUUACCACUGAGGAUAUGUUACACACAAGCAUAAGGACUGCUGAAGAGCAGAGAGACAAGCUCGUCUCGCAAGACUUCAAGACAGACGCCUUACGCAAGCAUCAAGAAUGUUCUGCUCAAGAAAGACAAAUGUCUUGUGAGGAAAGAUGUUCUUUGAGUAACAGAAGCUACAAUGAAAAAGGAAAUAUUAAAGAACAUGACAAAUUGACAAAUACAAAAAGAAAGGGACAUAAAAAAAGAAAAGCACCACAAAAACAUGAAGGAGAAACAAUCGUCGAAACGAGGAGACCGGAAGUUGAUGAGGACAAGGUCGGCAGUCUUAAGUUGCCAAGUUCUAUUCCUCACGUAAUUAUCACAACAGAGUCCGACAACCAACUGAAGGAGACUGAAAACUCUGUUGAUGUCACCAUUUCAGACUUCCACAAAGAUAAAGUCGCAAGAAAGAUAUCAGAGUCAAGUGCUUCAGAAAGCACAGAAUUUAGGAAAAUAUGCGCUUCAAGGAUGAGUUCACUCGAAGAGGCUUCCAUGCAUUCCUCUGUGCAACAUUCUUUGAGUGCGAGUUCGACAGAAGACAGUGGAUUUUUUAAUUCUCUUCAUCGACUAGUAAUGAAGAACAGCAGUGUCAGCUCCAAUGAAGAACAAACCAGCUUCAAGAAGCGGAUCGUUAAGAAGCUCUCAAGCGUGAGUUCUUUUGAGGAUCGUGAAAUCACCGAUGAGACUUUGGGCAAAGUUACUCGAAAACCUCCAAGCAAAAAGAAAACUCCACCAAAGAGGCCACCUCCACCCAAACUAGUCUUCGAUAAGUUCAACACCUACAAUCAGUACCUAACAGCUGACACUCCCUCAGUACCUCAGACUCCACCGCCUCCUAAGCCUCCAAGACUAUUCCAGAUCCUUUCUGGGUACAGAAAACCGUCGGAAUUAAAUAUCCCAACAGAAGCUCACAACUACCGACGCUUCUCUCUAGUUGAUAGUGAUCUGGACAUGAUUCGUUCAGGUCGCCAUGUUGAGGAUCCUGUCGACGAAAUCGUCCAGGAAGAGUCCGGUUCAGACGCUGAGACUGAUGGCAGAGAAACAUAUACAAAGUUUACAUUAGAAGAAAAUAGCGAUGAAGAAUCCCUCCUAGACUACCCCAUCUCUCAUGAUCUAGAUGAUACAUGUUCUCUCAGCGCUACGGAAAUAAUCCUAGAUACUCCCCCUCCUUUGACUGCUAGCAAUUCUUUUGAUUUAAAAGAGGACGAGUCAAGCGCCAGUGAAGCACCAUCAGCGUCUCCUCCACGCACACCUAUUAACGAUAAAGUUGAGACCAUCCAAAAAUCUCUUAUAAUCACUUUUCCUGAUUCUGACAACGUCGUCAAUGAUUGUGUCAAUUCUGAACCUGAGAAUGACGCUGGAGAAGUCGAUACACCCUUCCCAGUAUACUCAUCGGGUCACGUUGAGAAGAUUGCUUCACCUCAGAGCGAGUACGAUAACGUUUGCAGUUUACACUCCUCUUGGUCCAUCGCAGCAGAUGACCAAUGCACUCUACAGGCAGAUGAUGUUGAUAAAAUUGCCGGUGACAAGGAACCUCUUGUUUUAUCUUGUGAAAGUGAAGAGCCUUCCUCAAACACAGAUAAAUGUUUAGGAGAAUUUUCCGUUUUACAAGAGAAGCCAAAAAUCACAUUAAUAAAAAGUACCAUCACUGAAGAUGACACUGAAUCACAAGUUGAAUGGAUCGAGCAAAUUUCAGGAAUUACAACGAUCGUGAGAGAUAAUUCUGGUUCUUGCGUAAAUAAAGGGGAGGUGAGAGGAAAUUACACAAAAUACAAUAUAAAUAAAUGUGAACCACAGAGUUCAAAAUUUAGGAUUCAUGUAGACACUGAAGACGUGAAAAAAAACGCAGUUUCUGUCUUGCAGAACAAAAAUCAAAGCAGAAAAAUGAUAAUCUCAAACCGAAAACCUAUGACAAUUGAACGUAAACAACGUGGAUUGAAACUUAUAGGAACUGUUGAAGAAAACAGUAAUCUAUCAAAAUGGAAAGAAACACAAAAUCUUGAGGAAACAAACAAUGGUUCCAACACAAUACACACUGAACGAAAAUCCCCUGUUUUGCAAUUUAAUAGAAUAAGUGAACCAGUUGAUUCAAGUUCUCAAAAGGAGAAGAAUAUUUCUGAAGAAACAACAUACGGCUGCACCACUGACAGUGAAUAUGUCUUAAAUUCUAGAAACAAAGUUUCAUUAAAUUUUGAAGAGAAAGUAUUACAUGAAAAUGCUGUUUCCUUUCCCCUGAAAAGCCUACAUGGAGUUCUAAUCUCAAAUACAUGUACUGAAACUAAUAACAAUGAAUUUGAGCAAGAAAAAAACAUUAAUUCAUGCAGAGAUGUAAAGUGCAAUCCAAGUGAAUCACUGAGCCGCGAUUUAAUAAAUAGAGUGUCCUCUGACAAUAUCCAUUCUCCGAUUCCAAUACCAGCUCCUAGAGUUUCCAGGGACAAUAAACCUCUGCCGACGCCUAGAACGUCCAAGCCUUCGUCUGCCUCUUCUUCCAGGCCCACCUCUGCAAUGUCUACAGCAUCGGAGCGGCCUCUCUUGGCAAUGUUCUUCGAGAAGUUGUUGGAAUGUCACGCUAAUGGGAAUGUCAGAAGACUUUCCAUGUCUGUAGAUGAGUUGGACAAUGGUGUGUCCUUGCUGCCUAAAGACGAAGAGAAAUUAUCCAGAUCUGAAACUCAUAUAAUGCGGAACCAGGAACGUCCGAGUAAUCGCAGCACAUACGAAAAUAUAAACGUAGGUGACGUGAGAGACUGGAAGCUUAAAACAUCUCUCGAUUCAGCAACAUUCAGUGAUAGUCCAUCUGUGUACGAUUCAUACAAAAGUGAGGCUAGCGUUAACAUUCCCACUGACUAUUCCCCGACAGCUGGCCGGCGCUGCGUUUCUGAAAACGAGAUCAUGCGUGAAUCAGCCUGUCCUCGAACACUGCCUUUAUCACCUAGCACUGGUGCCUCGACCUGCCGGCGGCCAUUCCCAAGACCACGACCAUCGCUUAUCCGGACCAAAGCUAUCGUUUUAUCCAGUGAUGAGGAGGAUCUUCAGGAGUGUGGGGAAGUUUUCCAGGAUGUUGUAGUCUCGCACGAAACUCACCGCUUGUGCUCGAAGAAAAUAUGGGUCCGCAGGGCUUCGGAUUCCCUAAUAUCAGAAGUACAGGAGGUGCCGCUGUCUCAAGAGGACCCGAUCACACUGCUGACGGAAGCUGGAUACUCUGGAGACACCGAGGACGACGAUGAGGCCCGUCCGUUGCUGACGGAGAAGGAGCGGUGUCUGGUGCGUCGUAACUCAAGCCUCAACACCCAGCUCUCUCGCCUCCAGAUACACUGCAAGACUCUCAGCUCUGAGAACAGCACCCUGAAAAAUAAGAUGGAAGUGGAGCUGGAGCGGCCGCUGGAGCUGAAGGAGAAGGACCGUCAUCGCCAGCGUGAGAUGCAGCUGCUGAAGAAGAAGAACACCGAGCUCGCCUCCAUCACUAGGAAGCUGGAGGAGAAGGUCAAGAGCUUAGAGAAGAAAACAAAGGAGUCGCCAGCUACGGAGCGCAGGAACUUGAUGCAGGCCCGGCAGAGGGAGAAGGAAGCACUCUACGAGAAACAACUGCUAGAACGAGACAGGGAGAUCCAGAGACUCAAGCUGCGCAUGCGCGAACUCGUCAGGAAGCUCACCGGCAAGAACGGCGAGAUAACGCGAGCACAGAGCACCUUGGAACUGGAGCAGAUCAUACGCACCGUCACAAAGGAGCGACUGCAGCUCGAAAGACACCUGGCUGCCGCCAGUGAGGGUCUGUCCCGCGGAGGGUCGGGCGAGGCAGACGUGGGGCGGCUGGCGUCGCUGGAGGAGACCAAUAACACUCUGAGGCAGCAGCUGGAGGACCUGGAGCUGCUCACCCGCCAGCACCACACCCUCCAGCGACACGUGCAGGAGAAGGACCUCGAGUGCGUCACCCUCAAGGAGAAGCUAAAGCUUAAGAACGAACUUUGCCACGAUCUGGAUGCCGCCCACAGCCACCCACGCCAGGAGUCUCAGCUGGCCCGCGUCAUCGAGAAGAACACAGAACUAACGAUCCAGAACUCUGACCUUCAAAAGCAGAUUCAAGAGCUACAACAUGUUAGUGAGGAGUGCAGGACUCUGAAACACACCCUCACCCAGGUGGAAACCGACUGGUCCUCGGCCAAGGUGCAAGUUGGAAGUCUACAGAACAAAUUCGGCAACCUGGAGUCUGUACUUCGGCUUGAAGAUGUGUACGGGUUUGCCGACGGUUCGAGGCCCCGCGGGGGCAGCAGUCUCGAGACCGUCUUGAUUCAAAUGAAAGAUGCUGCUGACAAGCGGCGAGACUUGGAGCGGCAACAUGCAGAGGCGCUGGCCCAGCUGCGUGAGCGACAGGCAUCCAUCGCUGACCCAUCCAAGGCCAAUGAAAAGGAACGGAAGGCUUCCGUCGAGGUGGUCGAGGCGUUGCAGUCGAAGAUUCGUGAGCUAGAAAAAAAAGCAGAGGUCCAGAAUCUGCGCCAUGAAGAGCUGCUUCUGGAGAUGCAAAGCCUGAAGAAGGCUCAAGGCUCCCCCAAGAACUCCUGGACCAGAUCCCUCAGUGCGGAUCUUCAAAGCCCUGAUUCAGGAGACGUAACGCCAGAUUCCAGUCAAAUUUUGUCCAAUGGUAGCACGGCCCGGUCAACGCCCGUGCCACACUCCGGGAUGGGCUUAAGUCUGCCCCACAGCCUUGACGUGAUUGGCUUGGUCGAUCUUCCCGAUUCUCUCUUCGCCCACCACCAACCCCCCAUGUCCACGUCACCUCUCACUGGCCAAUCAGGUCAGAGCUGGCGCGAGGAGCGCGCUCAUUGGUCGCCCUCUCGCUCAUCCCUCUCCCCCUCAAGAAGGACCCAUAAGAGUCUGAACUCUCUCAACUCGAUCUCCUCCGGCGUCUACACCAACACCACCUCCUCCAGCUUCGUCACCUCGGGAUCCGGAGGCUUCCUCGGCACCUCGCCCUUACCCUCCUCAGGAACCGUCGAGAAUGCCUCUUCGGAGAUCGAUCGGAUUAUGGCCAAGAUAGAACAAGACAAUAAGAUACUCGCUGAGCUCGAUAAAUCUCGAUCGACGAUAGGGUUAUCAUCCGCCUCUACUGGAGUGACUUCCUACAAGACUAGUGAUGUCAUGACGUCACUCGGUCUUGGCUCUGGCAGUAUAACAGGCAUGACACCUUCGUCUUUUAUCAUGACUGGAUCUGGCAUGGGUAUGUCUCUCCCCGGCCAAGCCCUCACCACUACAGUGCCCGCCAUGGACCUCUCGAAUCCCAUAGUCAACCCUUUAGGCAACAAUGCCUUUACUAACAACCCGUUAGGGAUGAUGGACCCUAAUCUCUCUCAUCUGGACACCACGGGCCUUGGCUUGGCCUCUCACCUGGGUAGCACCAACCAUGGGCUAGGCCUUUCCUCACUCGGCUCUCUCACCGGUACCUCCAUCAUGGGCACCAGCGGUAUCGCAGGACUUUCCCUUCAGAGCACAAAUCCUCUCUCAGUUACCAACCCCUGCAGCCUCCAUACUUCCCUGGCCGGUGUGGGUAUGGUGGGCUCCGGACCCGGAGUAAUCGGCGGAGGAAUCAGCAACCCCGUUUUCUCCAGCGUCAACACACUUCCUACCAUCAUCACGACCAGUUACGACAAAGACGACAAGAACCUGAUGAACGGAAAUAUCCCUGGACUGAUGCUGCCACCAUAUGAGACAGACAACAGAGUCCUGGACGUGCUAGAAAUUCCUGGAAAGGGGCGAUGUCACGUGUAUAUUGCCAGGUACUCAUACGACCCGUUCCAACAUUCACCCAACGAGAACCCGGAGGCGGAGUUGGCUGUGAACGCAGGAGACUACGUGCUGGUGUGGGGCUCUAUGGAUGAGGACGGGUUCUUCGAUGGCGAACUGUUGGACGGACGGCGGGGGCUUGUUCCCUCGAACUUCGUGGAAAAACUUAUAGGGGAAGACCUCAUUGAGUUUCAUCAGUCGGUAGUAAUGGGACUGCGGGACGGAGACGAGUCUAUGUCCACCUCUGUUCCUCAGGACCUGGACUUUAUAUCUCAGGACGAAUCCCAGCUGAUGAUAGAUACCAACGCGCCCGUAAAGUUUGUAAAAAACAUCUUCAAGGGUGUUCAAGGACUUUUCGGGCAAGGCGAAAAAAAUGAGGCUACUACAUUGGUGUCGACCGUGCUGGGAUCCACAGGGUCGGCCGCACAAGCUCUCAUCCCUAAGGGGCCUCUGGUAUCCCAGUCUGGCCACGGGUUACUCACUCCCCUCGGCUCCUUCAACCCCUUGGGGGCACUAGCGGGGCACAAGAACCCUGCCCAGCACGGCGUCCCAUCCGCCAGUACGUUCGUCCUCUGCACACUCCCAUCAGUACUCUUUCAGGAGACGUAUGUUGUUGGAGGCGCAGGGUUGGAGUGCCCAUCUCCGGGAACUUCAUACCCAGCCCUAACAACUACGCCCAGACCAUGGUCGGGAAGGUCUUGCCUACCGUUUUCACUUGAUAUGUGUGCUUUAUCUGAUGCCUUUCUUUUCUCCCUCUCCCCUCCCCCUCCUUACCGCUAUCCCUACUCUUUAGAUUUGGCCACCAACCAAAUCCGCCACAAUGCCUACACUAGCAACAUCGACUUGGAAGACAUUAUAGAAGAAGACGAGGAAACACUUGGAGAACAUGACCUCUUCUUCUCGGUGCUAGUCCCACCGCCGGUCCAGCUCACCCUCGAACGACAGCUAAACAAGAGCAUCGUCAUCGGAUGGAACCCCCCGCCAGAUGCACCACAGGGAUCCAUCGAGUCCCUGUACCGACGCCUUCAUCGCAUCAGCGUCCGUUCCGUGACGCCGAACCGUCGGACGUCGCGGGAUGCUGCCUGCACGAUGGUAAUCGGGAAGGAUGCGCCGCUGGGUCCGACCAGCGUCAAAGCCACCUCCAUCACGUCCACCUCCGCCGUCAUCUCCUGGCUACCCUCUAAUUCUAACUUCCAGCAUACUGUCUGCGUCAACAACGUCGAGGUCCGCACCGUCAAGCCAGGAGUGUACCGUCACACCAUCACAGGCUUGUCCCCUAACACCACCUACCGUGUGACUAUACGUGCCAAAAAUCUACGAGCACCGCAGUUCGACGAGAAAGCCACUAGGAACCAAGACCGACUCUCCACCACUAUAGAGUUCCGCACACUGCCUAAGGGUCUGCCGGACCCUCCCGUGGACGUGCAGGUGGAGCCAGGCCCUCAAGACGGAUCACUCCUCGUCACUUGGCUACCUGUCACCAUCAACAGCACCGGCGGCACUUCCAACGGCGCUCCCGUCACCGGAUACGCUGUCUAUGCCGACGGCAAGAAGGUCACCGAGGUUGAGAGUCCCACAGGUGACCACGCCCUAAUUGACCUGACGAAGAUACCAGGGUUCGAGCCCAAGCAGGUGACGGUGCGGACUAAGAGCAGGGACAGUGUAUCUGGUGACUCUGUGCCCAGUCAGAUACCCACCCACUUCGGCCGUGGGCGUGGCCGAGGCAAGUUUGCAGAAGAUGAUGAAAUGUUGAACUCAGACAUGGAUCGCCCCUCCGAGUUGUCAGAUAUUGCUGAAGAGAGUGAAACUGAGUUGUCUGAAGAGGACAUGCAUGCCGAUGGCCAUAAACCAGGCCCGCAACAUGGCCUGCCUGGGCCACACCACGGUCCCGUUGGCCCACACCACGGCCCGCCUGGCCCUCACGCUAGUGGCCCUGGGACUCUACGUGAUAGAUUAUUGGGGCGUCGUGGAGCCCCAGCUCCAGGUGUUCGAACUGAUCAUUUGGGUCAGACCAUCUUGGACCACGAAGAUAACCUCAGCGACAAGGAGAUCUACCCGGGCCACCAACAGGGGCAACAGGGCCCCCACGCCCCCAUCCCGGCCAUAGGCCCCACAAGGAGUGGUUUGGCCAGACUCUCAAACUCUUUGUUCAAUACCAUAGGGCAGUUAAAAGGCAAAGGCGCCUCCCGUGUCAGACAGAUAACCAAAGACAACGAGGGUCACGGUUCGCUAGAAGCUUUCAACGAAGAAGACUACGAAGUUGGGCCAGGUGGGCGAGGACGCUUCGACCCACGAGCCCCUCCUCCUAGGUCACACCAGGAGAGAGGUCGGCCCCCUCCCCCUCCGCACCAGCACCGACCUCUACCACGAGACGUGCGAGAACCCCGCGAGGGGCGCGACCCCCGUGACCCCCACUACCGAGAAGGGCGAGACCCUAGAGAUCCUAGGGAGAGACGAGACCCCCAUAUGCGGGAGCCCCACCCCCCACCGCGAGAUCCUCGCGACCCCCGCGACAGGUACGAAGGCGAGGGACGCCAUCGAGGAGGAGAAUACGGGCGUGAAUACGGGCGUGGCGAGGGUCGUGGGCGUGCUGGCAGCGGACCAACCGGGGAUCAGCACACCCGGAUCUUCGUGGCACUGUUUGACUACGACCCACCCACGAUGAGUCCAAACCCUGACGCGUGCGACGAGGAGCUGGGGUUCCGGGAGGGGCAGCUCAUCAAGGUGUUCGGAGACAAGGACCCCGACGGCUUCUACUGGGGCGAGGCGGGAGGCCACUCAGGCUACGUCCCCUGCAACAUGGUGUCUGAAGUGCAGGUCGACGACGACCGGGUGGCACAGGAGCUCCUGAAGGAGUCAGAGACCGGAAGACGCCGACGGGAUGGCUCAGUUGGACGCCGUGGCCACCAAGGAGACCGCUGGGGUGACAUUUACGCCAACAUGCCCAUCCGCAAGAUGAUUGCCAUGUACGAUUAUGACCCGCAGGAGCUCUCACCUAACGUGGACUCAGAGGAGGUCGAGUUGUCCUUCCAAACGGGCGACAUCAUUUACGUGUAUGGCGACAUGGAUGACGAUGGCUUUUACAUGGGGGAGUUGAGGGGCCAGCGAGGUCUUGUGCCAUCAAACUUUCUGCAGGACGCUCCACAAGACUACGCUGAUGACCACAGGUCACGCCGGGACACCCUGGAUCCGCGAGAUAGACCCGGCCCACCAGGACCGUCUGUAAGGGGACCCGGUCCCGGGGCUCAUGGACCCCCACCUCCUCCACGUCCUGACCAACGUGAUCGCAGGAAAGACGAGCCGGAAGGCACGGACCAAGUACACGAGGAAACGAUUCUAAGGAAAGAUACCCGUUCAGUAGCUAGUAGAUCACUCACUAGCAGCCAGGAUAUGAAGGGGGCCCAGGGGGCCCUGGGGGACCACCACCAAGACCCAGGCACCAUCAGCAGCGCGGCGGAGAGAGGUGGUAGGUCAGUGUCGCGAGAGAGAGGCGUCAACAAAUCGUCAGGAACCUUGGCAGGAGCUGCGUUCCCCAACACGACCUCGUCAGCGGGCACUCCUGCCACUACAGCCGCUUCUCGGGCUAAACUCAAUGGUCUCGAUCUUCUUGAUGAAGAUCCGGACAACGGACCCACCAUUUCUUCUGCAGAUUUGGACCAACUAAUGGAAGACUUCGACUUGAACGAUCCACUUGAAGAAGAUGCGACUUCCCCUAAACCUGUUGAGCAUGACCCUGCAGCCUCCAAGGAAGGAGACAUUAAAGAGGAGAAGCCCGGUGGUCUAGCUGGUGCGUUACCCGGUGGCUUAGGGGCAGGACUUUCCGGGAUACCCAACCCAAUGGGUGAAGGAAACCUGAUGGGCAAACUUGGCGACUUAGCCACACAGAAUCCCGUAACUGAUGUUAUGUCUAAAGGAAAAGAUUUCCUUUUCAAGAAAUUUGGGCUAUGAGAGCCAGCAGUGUAUAGUCUGCUAACUUUUGCUGUACGAAGUGAACAAUUGUAUUUUUCACUGGUCAUAAUGUACCUUGAGUGUUGACGGCUUCACGCCGUCUGGUAACCAGAGGACAAAGAACAUGUCCAUUUUCAAAGUGCCGAAAAAAGUAACCCCUCUUAUACAUCUAUAUCCCCAGAUUAUACAAGACACUUUACCCCUCGUUUUGUAUCGUCACGAACGUAUCCUAUGAUUCGCUAUUUUAUAUCCCCUUCGAUGGCGUUGCAUCUGUACAGUGUAUCACGACCAAUGUUUGUCCCGUUCGCUCGUGACUCACUGGGAUAUAGGGUUCGAUGUCAUGGCCUGUCCUAAAGAUAUCUGGAGGAGAGACAUUUAACGUCUGACUCUUCCAUCCGUUGAAUGAUCCUCUCCCUCUCUGGCAGAGCUUCGCGCAUGCACAGUCGAUUCUCGCUGUUUAAGCUCAAGGUUUAUAUAAAUUACUUCUUGUUCUAUGGUUUACACAAGAUUUAUAAUAAACAGUGAUGGCUGGUGGCGCUAUAAAGGAAGGGUUGUUCAGGAACUUUACAUUAUAUUUAAGUAAAAAUGUUCACGUAUGAGAAUGUUCCAUGACUUGUGGAUCCCUCCUGGUGUCUCAAAUAUAGCGAGCAUGAUGUUUAUGUCUAGUCAGGCAGUCGCCAGCGAGACGGAGUCAUGGUGAACCUUCAAUCAUUUUCUCACCUCACUAUAGUGUUCACUACCAAAGACUGAACCAUUUCCUCCCUGUCACUUCCCUUUCAGUCUUCUUGCCUCGUUUCGUCCAUGAGCAUAUCAUUUCCUUUGCUACUACUAUUAAAUAUCGAUAAUAUCUCUCUAUGUUCCUGUACUUUAUUGAGAUAUUUUGUAAGUCAAAACCAUUACCCUUACUCUUACAAGAAUUAUUACCCUUUGACGAGUUUUGUCACCAGGUCCUGAAUGUAUUGCUCCUUUUCUGACGGUCUAAUAUUAAAAAUUGCUUCACCAGUCUACAUAUAGCCAUGUAAAGGUCUACUAAUGUGAGCCUACGUUAAUCCGUUUGUAUCAUUUGUAAUUGCAAUGUGGAGCUGCGUGGUGGGAAAAGUUGAGAAAAGUUGGCCAUAAACACACGUGGCAUACAAUCACGACACAUCAAGUGUUGAAGAUAUUUGGAUGAGUAUGACUUCUUAAUUUAAUCCCGCUUGUCAACAUGAAGCGCUCCCUGAUACCCCUCCAGUCACUAUUCCUCUCCCUAUCGCCAUUCUUAUCCUGUCAUUACAAUCCCACUGUCGCCCGUCUCAUCCUCUUACGAACUUUAAUCCCUUCGUGGUUUCCGUUGUUCUAAAAUAACUCUCGUUAUUGUCUGGUGCUCUAAUAAUAUACAAUCUUUGACAUAAAAAGGCAAUUCGAGAAAAGCGGUUUACC